AGCUCUUGGAUCCGCUCAGGAAACAGAGUAGUAGUUUCCGCGAGAGAGAGAGAGAGAUGGCGGACUCUCCUUGUGAAUCUAAGUCUCGGGUUUCCUCCACAAUCGGAUUCCACCAUAACCCAGAAGACGAAACUUUGGAAAGCCAAACCCAAAGCACUACUGCUGGGAUUCUGAACCAAGACGAAGAGUGGGUUAAAUUGAAUGUCAGUAACAAGAAGAACAAGAAAAGCCAGGUUUUGCUUGAAGGUUACGUUGAGCCUGCGGAUGAAGACGACCUCACGAGGACCAAAAGCUUGACGGAUGAUGAUCUAGAUGAGCUCAAAGGGUGCUUGGAUCUUGGCUUUGGGUUCAGCUAUGAUGAAAUCCCUGAGCUCUGCAACACCUUGCCUGCGCUUGAGCUCUGCUAUUCCAUGAGCCAGAAGUUCAUGGACGAACAGCAGAAGUUGCCAGAGAAUGCUGAUGCGGCGGCCAGGGACUCCUUCUCUUCUGUUGCGAGCCCGAUUGCCAAUUGGAGGAUCUCCAGUCCCGGCGAUCAUCCGGAAGAUGUCAAGGCAAGGCUUAAAUUUUGGGCGCAAGCUGUGGCAUGUACUGUUAAAUUAUGCAGCUAAAGAAGGGAAAAAAAUGAAACAUUUUUUUUGCAAUUGGCUGUCAUCAACCUGGACCUUCUUGUGGAGCUUUCGCUACAGUUAUCCCUCCAGGAGAAACUUUUUUUCAGGAGCUAAUGUUCCUGCAUUUUUUUAGCCGGAAAUAUAGACCUGCUGAACCCAACUGAGAACUGGGCAGGCUUUAGUGAAGUAGAGUUAAGAGGAAGAAGAAGGUGUCUGGUUGGAAUUUAACCAAAAUCCAACUGAGUCUGACUUAAAUUCUUCUGAGGUUAAUAUUAUAUUAUUUUUUAGCAAUUUUGAAUAAACAAGGAUCUGAAUGAAUAUAUAUAUAUAUAUUUUCAGCGUGUUCGUUUUAGGCC